AUGGCUUCAGCAUUACAACCAAAAAGAAAAGCUAAAAAGUCUCGAAACGGUCUUCCAAAUGAGCUUUUUACUCGUCUUCAACUGAUCAUCGCCCUAGAAGAUUAUCCUCCUGAGUUAAUGGAUAUAUCACCAUCAUCGGUCGAUUUAUAUGAUCCUCGAAUUAUUGCCUCCUGCACUCUCUCCUGGCGUCUUCCUAAAAAUCCGUUAAGUAUUGUCGACUAUCGUCGUUGUAUUAUUAUACCCGGUCAAAGUCCUUAUUUUGUCCAACCUAUACUACCUGCUUGUCUGCCAAGUGGUCCUCAACGCAAUGCUCAUAUUCAUAAACCAACCCAUGCUUCUAUCUUGCCUCUUCUUCUAAUUGCCCAACAUGCUCGUGUUAAUAUUCGUCAAUAUGAUAUUAUCAGUGAGAGAAAUUCAAUCCGUAAAUUUCUCAUGAAUGAUGAAGAUUACAUAAUCAGUGUUGUUCGAAUCGAUUCUACACUAUUUCUAAGACGUUAUGCUGCAUAUAGUGGUAUCGAUAGAAACGACGUUGGAUAUCGUUUCGAACAAAUGUGUACUACGAAAAACGGCUCUUUCGAUGGUAAUUAUCAUCAGUUGAUUGAAGGGAGAAUUGGUGAAUUACGAACAUUAAUAUUGGCCGAAACGGAUGCAAUCAAACAAGAGAAUGGAGAAUCAAUUGAAUUGAAGUGCCAGCAACAACGCCUGAGAAAAUCGCAAGAACAUGAUUGGUGGUCACAAGCAUUCCUCGGUAAACUUAAUCUGUUUUAAUUGAAUGUUUAAUAGUUGACUUACAUCGUGAUCAUUGUUUUAGACAAUUCAUCCUUUGAGUUCAGUAUCUUUAGCAGCUAAAAAUCUAUUAUAGCCUGCAUUGAAUUAGACUAAAUAAUGGGUUUCAAAUUGUGAACUUUCUCAUCUCGGAGAGCCAAAAAUUUCCAUUCUAUCGGACUUUUUCUAGAGUCUAUAAGAACUACAUUUUGGCAAAGCAGCCAUUUCAUGAAUAAUUAGUCAUCCGUGCUACUGCCGAUGACAUUAAAGUUGGAAAAGUGAUGGAUAACUCAUUCUUACAAAAUCAAUCACCCUUAAUUUAGCGAAGAACUCU